AUGAACGAACCACCGGCGAAACGGAGGAGGACCAGCUCGCCUACCGAACAAGCGUCAAGUCCUCUGAGGAAACCUCCGCGACGACCGUCUUUUGCAUCGCCUACCAAAGCCAGUCUUGCGCGCAACUACCCGAAUCUUCUCUCCGCAUCUCCAAAGCGCAACCCAAACCGACCUGUAUCAGCUAGAAAUGGCUCCAGAGGAAGGGAAGAGCCCGAAGUGGAACUACCCAGCGAGAGCGACCUGCCAGAACUCCCAGGGACACCGUCACAGAACAUUCGAGCAGCAUCGAAGCAGCCGCGGCGAACGAUGAUCUUCUCAUCACCAAGCAAGCGUCCCCCGCGUGUCAAAGAUCCCGUCAAACAACCUCCACCGAGUUCGAGAGCGCCAGCGGUACAAUCAGACGAUUUCACAGGGACGGUAGAAGAUGGCCCUGUGGAUGACAUUACUGAGGACAUAACUCAAGAAGUGGUACAUAAGAAACAGCCUCCAGAUCCAGAGAUUGAGAGAAGGAAGCAAGAAAAGGCGCGUCUACAGCGUGAAGUGGAAGAGUUGGAGUCUCAGGUGUCAAGAUGCAUCGAAGAAGUCGUUAAGGAGCAGCGCCGCGGUCCGGAGGAUUCUCUGCGGUCUCCAGAGCGCGACAGUCUGAAGAAGUUCAUAUCGGAUAUCAGCGGCACCGAUACAGAGCCAGAGAAGCCAGCACCAGUAUCAAGUCUGCUUUGUUCGUUCUUGCCAUUCGCCGCCCUCUCCGUUCCACCUCCACGCCCGAAACAAGCGGAAAAGCCCGUCCCAUCGCAUCGCCCAGUCGAACUCGCGGAUCCCUUGCCAUACCUCCAGAUGUUCACAUCACUCAACUUCUCCACACAACUCAGCUUGCCCCGCGGAAAGAUAUUCCCAACCUCACGGCGGGUCCACCAGAAGCAUACCAUCGACAUUGCGGGUCCACAAAAGCUGCUCACAGCCCAGGUUUCGAUUACCAUCGACGCCUUAGCAAACGAGAUUAUCGAAAUGCAACUUUUACGAAUCUCACCGUGGGCUGAGCGUGAGCUGGGUACAUUCAUCCGGUCGAAAGCGCAAGUAAGAGAUCUGGGUAAUGCGUCUUGGGCUAUGGACUCGUAUUGGGAGAUUGCGAAGAAGCGGGCACAACACUGGCACAAGUGCGAGACGGCGUUUGCGCAUCUACUUGUAGGCCGGACCACAGAAGAUACCGAGAACACCCAGUCACGGCAGCAAAGCAAGCCCGCGAACACUAUCACACGGAAGGACUUGAGCAGGAACUUGGGCCGUGAUACCCUGGUUCUGCAGGAUAAACACGUCCUCCUGAAGCUCAACUGGCAAAUAAGUUUCGACUGGACAGGCGAGGCGGAGUCAGACAUCGGUGUGGAGGCCGCAUUCCCCCAAGUGUGGUCCGAGACAGACGGCAGCGCAGCAUUCAAGAAGAUACCCCAAACCUUUGCUUCUCUUGUUCGUACCAAGGGUGCUUUCCAGGCUACUAGCGUUAUGGUAGCGCUCUUGUUUUCUCAAUGA